AAUUAAAGGGUGCAAAAUGCAAUUAACCCGUUUCAAAAGUGCCACAUUUUCUAAAAGUGCCAAGGACAGCUAGGAAACCGGUAAUUCGGGAGGGUCAAUUUUGUCAAUUCCACGAUCGAGGCAUAUCCGGAUUUCACACCGACUUUCAAAUCAAGUUAAUUCGUAGCUUUCGAAUCCGGACUCUUUUGGUAGUAACAACCAGCGUGCUCGUAAAGCCAAACCAAAAAGUAGACACACUGAAAUUCAAAAAGAAAUCAAAAUCCCCAAAACGCAAAACGAAUUUACCCUUUCAAACAAUAAUUUGUCACUAUUUCACUCUCGGAUUUUCAUUUCGCCCCCGCUUUUUCCAUCUCACCGGAGCCCCGCCGUUCAGUUGACCGGACUUCGUCGUGAAAUUAUGCGUCUUUUUCAAUGACUGGCAUGUGGUGCAUUUUAAAUGGAUACAGUAGUUGAUUUUGUGGGAAGUGAAAAGGCUAAUGCUGAAGAUUGUACGACCUCGAAUAUGUCUGCGGAUCCCAUUGUUUACCAGCUUGUUCGGGUUGAUGGCAAUGGGAGAUUAGUCCCUGCAACAGAAGAUGAAGUCAUGGCAGUAGAAGAUUUGCUUGAAAUUGACAAAAGUAAUGACACUCCAGACACUUUAUUUGAACCAUGUGGUUCAAAUAAAGUUCAGUUCGAAGGCUCAGAAGGCCAGCCAAAACUGGAGGAUCUAGAAAUUGGUGCAGAAAAGCCAAGUAUGCUGCCCGACCCAGAAAUGGAUUGUGGAGAAAUAGAUGCCCAACAUGAGGAUAGAACUCCUUCAUUGGUUCCUAAUGCAAGUGAUAGCAGUGUUUGUCAAUCUGGGAGUGCAGAGGGAUGCUCAAAGCUUUCAGGUGGAUUAUAUGAGAAUAAAACCUCUAAAUCUGCUAUUGGUACUGGUUUGAACCCUGAUUUCUCACUGUUGAAUGGGGAAGUACACCUGGACAGCCUGGGAGUUAAAGAGCUUCAGGAUACUUUCAAGGCAACCUUUGGAAGAGAAACUUCUGUAAAGGACAAACAGUGGCUCAAGAGGAGGAUUAUUAUGGGACUGACUAAUUCAUGUGAUUUCUCAACCACCAGUUUCGUAAUCAUAGACAAUAGAGUGGUAAAGAAAGGUAAAGAAGAAGCUUGUAAAAGUAUGGAUUCCUCUGUUUUGGUCGACUGUGUAGUUACAUCUUUGAGGGAGAGCCAUGGAAGUCCACCAACUUGCCAUGAUAAUCAAAAUGAAAACCACUCAAUUGUUGAUGGGAUGAAAGCACAGAGUUCUACUUUCCAAGAUAAUUAUGAAAGUGAAGAUGCCAAUACAAAUCAAAGACCAACCAAAAGAGUUAGAAAGCCCACAAAACGAUAUAUUGAAGAACUUUCGGAAGGAGAAUCUCAGGAUUCUGGUGCCAAAGUUGUUUCGUCAGUUAAACACCCUUCAUAUGACCAGCUGUCAGGGGAAGUUUGUGCAAGACCUGUUCAGAACUCUGGACUAGAUGGGAAAUGUCUCACCAGAAAGGAUUCACUUGGAGCUUUUGGGAUCCAGGUCCCGUACGUUUCCAGGAUCCGGCGCAGCCGACCAAGGGAAAAUUUUAUGGCCCUUGCGAAAUUUCAGCCAAGUGGAAUGGACAUGUCAACCAAACUGGAAAAUAGUGAUGACAAAUCCAGCGAACAACUGGACAGUGGAAGCGAGAAUAAAAUACCCCAUAAUAGCUCAUCUCCCAGAUGGACUCAAAACUCUCCUAUUACUUCUUCAGAAGGAUGCAAGCCAUAUACAGAAAAGAAAAGAAUUCAGCUGGAGAAGGAAGUGAAGUCAAAAAAUAUGGAAUCGUCAUACAAGACUAGUUCAGAUGAUGAUGUAGCGACUAUAACCACUGCAAAUGGAGGCAUCAGGAGAAAACAUCACCGACCCUGGACUCUAAGUGAAGUUGUUAAAUUGGUUGAAGGGGUUGCGAAAUAUGGUGCUGGUAGAUGGUCUGAGAUCAAACGGCUUGCCUUUGCUUCAUAUUCUUACCGAACUUCAGUUGACCUAAAGGACAAAUGGAGGAAUCUCUUAAGAGCUAGCCUUGCCGAACUGCCUACGGGAAAUGGGAUGCAGAAUUCUCGGAAACAAGUAUCGGUUCCAAUCCCAGCUCCAAUCCUGUCACGGGUGAGAGAACUUGCUGAUAUACACUCACAUAAUGAUUCCCAUAAUAGAAGUGUACAUGUAACAUGAUCAGGGUUUUCGCAGUAUUCUUAAAUUUACGGAAAUGUUUUUUUCUCCCCCUAAUUUUUGAACAAGACUCUACUCAAAACUCUCGUCAUUGUAUAACUACCUCGUUUUUUUAGGAUUGUUUAGAUUUUCUCAAUGAGGCAUCGUUCGUUGGUGUUCAUUUUGUAGCUCGGUCUGUUAACGAAUGCGUCUAUGUGUAUAUGUAUGUGUGUGUGUAUGUAUGCAUGCAAGCAUGCACACGAUUGAGUUCUAAAGUGUUUGGUUGAUAGGGUUUGCUAGACAAUUAAAUUAGGUGAUAGGUUUUAAAUCUAAUUAAUACUAGUGUGGGCCCCAUUGAGCUUUAUUAUAUUUGAUGGACGCGCUUCCACGCGCGCGACAGACCCGAGACAAUAUGGGCCAGCCCAUCAUGUGUACCCGAAAGUAUAUACGGGGCCUCUUCAUUAGUGUUUCGGUUGAGGGUGGGCCCAUUUUACUUAAUUGGGUCCAUACUCAUUACUCAUUAGUGAAAUAAAUUACUUUCUUUUAUU